CGCCGCGCCUUGCCGCCCGCCCAGCGCCAGUCAGCAACUGUGGCUCGUGUUGGCUGAACCAUCUUGUAGGGCCAUCCUCUUUUUCUUGCCGUAGGACUCCUGAACCAACACAUACAAAAUGGCGGAUGAUGAAAAAAAGCGUCUCGAGGAGGCGAAGAAGGCCAAACAGGCCGAGAUCGACCGCAAGCGCGCUGAGGUGCGCAAGCGCAUGGAGGAAGCCUCCAAGGCCAAGAAGGCCAAGAAAGGUUUCAUGACACCUGAGAGGAAGAAGAAGCUUAGGUUGUUGCUGCGUAAAAAAGCCGCUGAGGAGUUGAAGAAGGAACAGGAACGCAAAGCGGCGGAGAGGAGGCGCAUCAUCGAGGAGAGGUGCGGCAGACCCAAGAACAUCGACGACGCAAACGAAGAAAUGCUCAAGAAUAUAAUACAGGAGUAUUAUGACCGCAUGUAUGUGUGUGAGGGCCAGAAGUGGGAUUUGGAACACGAAGUCAGGAAAAGAGAUUAUGAGAUUGCCGACCUGAACUCUCAAGUCAACGACCUAAGAGGCAAAUUCGUCAAACCUACACUGAAGAAGGUGUCCAAAUACGAAAACAAAUUCGCUAAGCUUCAGAAGAAGGCAGCUGAAUUCAACUUCCGUAACCAACUGAAGGUUGUCAAAAAGAAGGAAUUCACCCUUGAAGAAGAAGACAAAGAGGCUAAGAAAGCGGAGAAGGCUGAUUGGGCAAUCGGCAAGAAGUAACCGAUCACAAAUUCUAAACAAACGUUUCCUUCGUCACCACUCAAUGUUGUGAUGUCUUAUUUAUAACUUAUCCGUACAUUAUAAAAUAAAUUUAUUUAUAAUUUUCAUUAAUUCUUUAAUAGUUACCUAAGUUACCCAAACAAGUUAAACGAGGUGAGAACGAGUUUCUUGAAAGAAUUGAAUGCUGCUUACGAUUACCUAAGUUAUAUUUGUGUAUUGCAUUCGAAAAUAUUAAAUGUUAACAUUUUACCCCAUCCUGAGGCAUAUAUUUGUGGUAUUUAGAGGAUCGGAUUUAUUUUAUUUUUGAAUUAUUUUCCCGUUCAG